AUGUCUUGGCUAGCUUUCUUUGCGUCGGCGAGCGAUAAAGACGACGGCCCAUGCCAUUCGGAUGCCGGGCCGGACUGCCGGUUCGGCUCGAGCGAGCUGGCCCGCCAUUCUCGUCGCUUGUUGGUACAGAGGAAGCGGGCUAGGAGGAAGCAGAGGGCAAGGAGGACCGAUGGGCCUGUAUGUGACGACAGAGGUGGGGACAGGAGCGAAGGAGAUGGCGCCCAACCUGGCGGAUCUCGUAACCCGGCGGGCUGGCUUGACUCAGCGGAUAUACCGAACUGCGCGACCCUGGAAGAUUGGCCCCGGAUAUUUUGGCGUGGACUGGCGGAUUCAGACGAGGUCUUGCGCACCUGGGGUGUCGAGGCCCCUUCAUACGACGCAGACUAUGUGGACGACGGAGACAACGAGGACUGCUCAUUCAGGCCACCACAAAUCGGGCAUUCCAUAAACCCGGCGGACGGGCGCCAUCAGCCGACUGGCCAAAACGGACGGACAAUGAGAAGCUCCAUUAUUGCGCACAAUGGCUAUGGCGCACGGACCCAUGGCCGGCCGCCUGUCUCCCGGGUCACCGGGCCACGACGGCAUGGGCCGCUGGGUGGCCUCGUCAGCCGCGCGGCGGCUUGUUUGGUCCUCGCAUCCCGCGCAGGUGGAAAACAGGAAAUCCGACUUCACGCCUCGUCACGACUUCCCAUCACUCCCUCUUUCACUCUCCCACCUUCGCACCUCGACAUGACGACUAUGGACGACACGGUCUGCGAUAUCUGGGCCCCGAGCGACCUGGGGUUUGCCGACCUAUUCGACAAUGGGCACGAUGAUGCAUACGACCUCGACUUUGGUGACAGCUCGCCGCGCGUCAAGCUCCCGAGCACGGCGCCUCUCGACCCCGACACGGAGCUCAAAUCGACCGAGAUGGAGGAUACUUGGGCGCUGGGGAGCCCACUGAAGGGUCGUGCCCCUCUAACUCGAACCGCGAGCAUCGAGUUCGCUAUGGGGAAAAUGAGGGGCCUGAAGCGGGACGCGUCGUUGGAUAAAAUUUUCGUGAGUCCCAUGAACAUGGAGACCUGGGGCGAGGAUUCGGGUGCAUCGGCUGCCACCGAUGCAUCUGCUGCACCUGCGCCUGCGACUCCCACUGCGUCCGCCGCCGCCGCCUCUCCUAUAGUCGCGCCUCCCGUACAUGUCGUCACCGCCCCGCCCGCAGUCGCGCCUGCCGCCCCCGUGACCGCGUCCGCCGCUCCCACCAUGCCCGAGACCGCGCCGGCUCCGCCGAAGAACAAGAACAAUCGCAAGGGCGCGCAGAAGAAGGGCAGGACGGCGCAGGCGGAGGAGGACGCGAAGGAUGACGCGGCUGCCACUGCGCAGUCGAACCCGAAGACCACGCAGUCGAACCCGAAGACCGCGCGAUCGGCCGGUACUACCCAGCGCCAGCGGUCGACCAAGGCCUCUACGAAGGCACCAGCUGCAUCCUCCCAAGCGCCCUCCGCCUCUGCCCGCGCCUCGACGUCCACCGCUCGCGCGAUCGCCGCCGAUGGAGCGGCGCCCUAUGCCCUGAAGGCCACCUCCCGGGCCGCGAGGCGCGCGGCGAAGGUGCGGCGGGCGAUGCAGUCGCUUAUAGAUGCGGACAUCGAGGAUGCCCUUGGCGCGGACGCGACUGAGGCUACGAGCGCCAGCGCUUUCGGGAACACGAACGCGAUCACCAAGGACGCCGCCAACCUCACCCCCUCCCCUACUCGCACCCCGCCGCCGUCGGCGUCGAUGACUGCGCCAGCUCUUGCGCCCGCGGGUGCUCUCGAUCGUGUGGCUGCCUCCCCUCAGAAGGCGUUGCGCCAGGGCAAGGGACACGCGACCGAGGCGCAGGCCGAUGUCGACGAGCACACGACCGCGACCAACGACAACAAGGGGAGCAACCUCUGCGCCUCUGUCGAUGUCGCCAAGAACCUCCAAGCAGUAUGUCUGCCCCCCACCGACCACGUUGAGCCCGCGCCGCAGCUCCCCGCCGCGCUCAUGCAGAACACGCUGGCUCAACCGCUUGCUCACUACACGCCGCCCGCUCCUGCGCACGGUCACCUCAUUGCCCAGGUCCCUCAGUCGGGCGACGCUGCUUCGCGCAUCCGUGCGCACGCGCCGGGCGAUGUGCGACUCACUCCUGCGCGGGUGCAGGACAUGCACGACAUCGAAGCUGCCUUCUGGCCGCCGACUGCUCCCACGCACCACCAGCUCUUCGUCCCAGCCCCAUGGUACCACAACGUCGUACUCGCCGCGCAACCGCACGCUAUGUUCAACGGGCAGCCCAUGCUCCCGACGACGAUGCCCGCGCCCCUGCCUACGAUGAUCGCGCCGCCGAUGCAGUACCCGACCAACGCCCCCGCGCCGGCGAUCGGGCUGCACGCUCAGCAGGUGUCGUCCACUCAGUACGGUCCAUGGGUACCGCCUAGCCACCCGACGAGCAUCGAGCCGCCUGCUCCGGCGCCCUACUACAACGUGGGAGCGCCAUCGACUCAAGCGUCUGGUCAGGCUUACCCUCCGAUGCGAGCUGCCUCUGGCGCUUUGUCGAGCCGUGCCGGGACUUAUGUGGACGGCAACGGGAUGGCGCGCGCAAUCUCUCCGCUCCCGCAGAGGGCGCUCGCCUCUACCUCCAGUAGCGCUGCCGAAUCUCAGCCCAGGACUAACGCGUACGCGAGCGGGCAUUCUCACUUGGGCUCCCAGGCGAUCUCCAGCGCUGCCAGGAGCGCACCCACGAUCGACCUGCCCGAGAGCGUGAUGAAGGUACUGCGCAACAACAGCAAGUACGCCGCGCCUAUCGCACAACUGCAAAGGCUGUCGGCACCCGUGAACCCAUUGGCCGGUGCCGCGUCGGACGAGCCGUACCGGGUGGUCACGGGCAUGAAGCGCAAAGGCCAAUUCUCGGCCUCGCAGAGCGUCGACUGCCAGUACGACCACGGUGCCGGCCAUCCGGAGUACUGCGGGCACUCGUUCGUCCUCGAUUGCUCCGAGGCAGAGCUUAUGAAGAGAGUGCUGGACCACCUCGGCUUCUCGAGGCUGGAGCGUAAGCGGUGUUGUUGGAAUGGUUGUCUAUUGACGCAAACAUACCAAUGCAACCAGCUUGGCCUCGGGCACCACAUACUCGAAAAGCACUUCCCCAAAGAUUAUGAUGGCGCGCCGGCCCCCAAGCAUGCUCGCCACCACUAA